AAAAUUGCAGAGGAGAGCAAUCGGUACGCAGCCCGGACACUCAUCGCGCGAGCUCGAAGAAUACGAGAUCGCCAAUUACGAUGCAAAAACCGAGGAUCAAGGUCAUCGGACGUUGAGUCAUUGGCCCAGAUACGAGAGCGACUAAGCCGUAUGGAGUCGUUCGCACCACAUGAGUAUGCGCUUGUGUUUGGGCUCUUGAUCGCAUGUAUGCUCUGUCCCCAUAAACGACGCUUAUCUAGCCAUUGGAGCACAACAAGAGCUGGGGUAGUCCCUUAA